AUGGCCAGGCUGAAGGGUGCCGAAAAGGCUGGAGCUGCUGGAAAAAAGAGAAAAUCCGAAGAGGAGCCCGAGAAUGAGCCCGAGCUCGACGUCGAGGGAGUUUUGACCAUGGAGGGUUCCGAUGAGGAAGACGAUGAUAGUGAAGCUGAGCUCAACCAACUUCUUGCUGAGCAGGAGCCUGAGGCUGAGGAUGAAGAUGAAGACGAUUCCAGUGAUGAAGAUGAAGAUGACGAUGAGGAGGAGGAGUCUGACGACGAGCUGGACGCUGCCUCUGCUUCUUCUGCUGUGACAGACAAACUCAGUGGAGUUCAACUCCAGACAUUGGAGGACGAGGACAACGGUGAGAUUUUGGGAAAAUACUCCGAUGGCCGUACCCGUAUCAUCAAGCCUGAGAUCGAGCCUGUUUAUGACUCGGACGACUCGGACGCUGAAAACUUCAACACCAUCGGCAACAUCCCCAUUGCAGCAUACGAAGAGAUGCCCAUAUCGCGUAUCAUGAGACCCGCUAGAGGCUCUGCAUUGGACCAGCUCUUGGAGCAGAUUGAACUUCCCGAGGGCUGGACUGGUCUUUUGGACCAGAACACAGGCCAGUCUCUCAAGCUUACUGAGGAUGAGUUGGAGUUGAUCCGCAAGAUCCAGAACCAGGAGCAGACCGAUGAGUCUAUCAACCCUUACGAGCCAACGAUUGAAUGGUUCACACUGAAAACGGAGGUUAUGCCUCUCACUGCUGCCCCAGAACCUAAAUCUCGUUUCCAACCUUCUCAGCACGAAGCUAAGAGAAUUAUGAAGAUUGUCCGUGCUAUUCGUCUGGGCAAGAUCUUGUCUCCAGAAGCCGCCAAGGCCAAGGCCGAGGAGGACCAGAACAACUUCGACUUGUGGGAGCACGAGGACCCUGAAAACAACCAUUACAUGAACAUGAGGGCACCUAAAUUGCCUCCACCAACAAACGACGAGUCUUAUAACCCACCAGAAGAAUACCUCUUUGACGAGGAGGAAAAGAAGAAGUGGCUUGAGGCCAAUCCUGCUGAAAGAGAUACCAACUUCAUGCCCCAGAAGUACUCUGCCUUGCGUAAGGUUCCUGGUUACUCCGAGUCCAUCAGAGAGCGUUUCGAGAGAUGUUUGGACUUGUACUUGGCUCCUCGUUCGUUGAUUCCCGAGCUUCCUUCGCCAAAGGACUUGAGACCUUUCCCUAUCCGUUGUUCCACAGUGUACAAUGGCCACACCGGCAGAAUCAGAACACUUUCCAUUGACCCUCAGGGACUUUGGUUGGCCACUGGCUCCGAUGAUGGUUCUGUCAGAGUGUGGGAGGUUCUCACGGGCAGACUGGUUUACAAAUUCCAGGCCAUCAACACCGAGGAGAACCCAGAAGACAAGAUCGACGCUUUGGAGUGGCAUCCUGAGCCUGGCAUGGCCAUUUUGGCUGUUGCCGCUGCAGAGAGAAUUUUCCUUCUCGUGCCGCCAGUUUUCGGUUUCGACUUUGAAAACAGCGCUAGAGUCAAGAUCGAGGCCGGUUGGGGUUACGACACUUUCGGCAACAAGCGUAAGGACACAGAGAUCAACGUCAACGACGACGACGAAACAUCCAAGAACGACGUGGAGCCCAAGAAGGAUGUUGCCAAGUGGUACACUCCAAACGCUACCCAGAUUCAGGAAGGUGUAGCUGCCAUUGUCGAGUGCAAGAAACCAAUCAAGAAGCUCUCGUGGCACAGAAAGGGUGACUACUUUGUCACGGUUGCUCCCGAAGCUAAAAACACUGCCGUGCUUAUCCACCAGUUGUCCAAGCACCUUUCUCAAUCGCCUUUCCGCAAAUCCAAGGGCACCAUCAUGGACGCCCGUUUCCAUCCAUUCAAGCCACAGCUUUUCGUCUCGUCGCAACGAACCAUCCGUGUGUACGACUUGGCACAGCAGCAGCUUGUCAAGAAGUUGAUGCCUGGUGCCCGUAUGCUUUCCAGCAUCGACAUUCACCCCAGAGGUGACCAUCUUCUAGCAUCUUCCUACGACAAACGUGUCUUGUGGCACGACUUGGACUUGUCUGCCACGCCUUACAAGACGCUUCGGUACCACGAGAAGGCCGUUCGUUCGAUCAAGUUCCACAAGGGCAAGAUGCCAUUGUUUGCCUCGGCGUCUGACGACGGCACCAUUCAUGUUUUCCACAGCACUGUGUACGACGAUUUCAUGACCAAUCCGUUGUUGGUGCCAUUGAAGAAGUUGACGGGACACAAGAUUGUGUCGAGCAUUGGAGUGUUGGACUUGGUGUGGCACCCCAAGGAAGCAUGGUUGUUCAGUGCCGGUGCUGACGGUACCGCCAGGCUCUGGACGACGUAG